UUAAGAAACACAGUGUAAGAUAUUUCAAAGCACAAGAGUGACGUUCUUCGGGUGUUUAAGACAGCAUGAUGACUACUUUCUUCGUCUGGCAAACUCUGUUUGUCUCGGUGACCUUGAUCACAACAACGCUUGGUGCGGAUGUGUGCUAUGGUGACCUGGGUUGUUUCACCACUGACUACCCCUGGUCUGGAACCCUGGAGAGACCGAUAGCCUCGCUCCCACGGGCACCGGAGGAGCUACAGAUCAAGUUUAUCUUGCGGACCCGAGGCGGCCCUGCUGACGGACAGAUCGUGCGGCCCGGAGACUCGGUGGGGGUACAAGCUUCAACCUUCGACGGGCGCAAACCCACCAAGUUCAUCAGCCAUGGCUUCAUCGAGAACGGCUUCGUCAGCUGGAUCACGGAUAUGUCGCAGGCGUUCCUGAGGGUUGAAGACUGUAACGUGUUUGCUGUAGACUGGGGCAGUGGAGGUGGGUCUAUGCUGCCUUACACACAGGCUACCGCCAACACACAACUGGUCGGGGCGACUAUCGCACAGUUCAUCAACCUACUCAUGCAAGAGACUGGGGCCUCUUUGAACUCCUUCCAUCUGAUUGGUCACAGCCUGGGAGCGCAUAUUAUGGGAUAUGCUGGGGAAAGACUUCCCGGUGUCGGCAGAAUCACAGGGUUGGACCCAGCAGAUCCGUACUUCCAGGGCACCGAUCCCAUCGUCCGUCUGGACCCGACCGACGCUCAGUUUGUUGACGUCAUCCACAGUGACGCAGGGUUCUUCUUCACACAAUUGGGUCUUGGAAUGUGGGACCCCGUCGGCCAUCUUGAUUUCUACCCCAACGGUGGAAUCGAAAUGCCCGGAUGUGACCAGGGACUCUUUGAUUACAUCGGCCUCAACGGUGGGAUUUAUGAAGGAGGCCGAGAGUUCGUCGCCUGUAACCACUUGAAAGCGAUCGAGUACUUCGACGAUUCCAUCGAUAGCACAUGUCCUAUGAUGGGGUACCCCUGUCGCGAACACGAAAGGUUCGCAGAUGGCCACUGCAUGGACUGUGGAAGCCAGGGGUGUGCCCAGAUGGGUUACCAUGCCGACCGGUACGCACCACCUGCAGGGGUCACUAACCUCAAGUACUACCUCACCACUGCUGAACGGUCCCCACAUUGUGUGUACCACUACCUGAUCAAGUUGACUCUGGGAACGAGCUCCUCCGCAGACGACAUGGACGGCACCCCGGAAAUCUCGAUCAUCACGCAGAGCGGCUCGAACACAGGGUACUACAGCAUGACUAGUGGCUCAAUCAAACUGCAGGCCGGCAACACCUAUCAGUACCUGCUGACUAGCCCCAGCGAAUUCGGGACCAUCCGUGAGGUUCGGUUCCGGUGGGACUACGACUGGUCCAUUCUGAACCCCGGGUCGUGGCCCAUAUGGUUCACCCCCAAGAUCUGGGUGGACAGGGUGCAGGUCAUGGCGGGAGAAUCUCAGCAGAGAAUGACCUUCUGCGGGUUCAACUCUGAACUGACUGAAAACGUUGUGAUGGGACUGCCAUCCUGCUAGAGAGGCAGACUCAACACCAGUGCUCCCAUCACCGUUAAAAUGCUUACGCUUACGGUCAAAAUAAAAGUACUCGGUAAAACAAAGAGCACUGCAUCUUCUACAGACCAAAAAAACACUUCUCCUUGAGUUGAUUGCUCGUCGGUUAUUACACAUAUCGCUGUUACCAAAUUAAACUUUAAAAAGUACUCCCUAGCGGGGUAGCAUACAGAAACA